CCAUGGUAACAAGGAAACACACGUCCCCGCAGCAACCAGACAAAAGCGUCUCUGAAGUUGCCUCGCAACCGCUACACAACAUCUUAGGGCGUAACGUUUCUGAGAGCCAAGCCAGUGUGGAUUAAAACAGGUAGCAUUGCCCUUCAUUUCCCCGGUUGGAUUUACCUCGCCGUUGGACAGAACGGAAGCCGUGGCCAUGUCGAGGCGCGGGGAGGGAUCACAAACACGAGCCUUCCCGCCGAAGGCCCCCAGGAAGAAGAACUUCUCCGCGUCUCUUCAUCGCCGUUUCCUCUAUUCGUCUGACCAGGUGGCGGAGCCCCCCCCGCCGGCGGGGGCUUUUCAUGAGCGCCCUUCCAAACCAACCAACUUUCGCAAGUUGUACGAGAGCAGGGACAUCCCGAUCCAAAUGGAGUAUCACCCCAGAGGCAACACUAUCCGAUGGAAGGUGGAGUUUGAGAAGCUGGACUACCACCACUAUCUCCCUCUGUUUUUCGAGGGCUUAAGCGAGACUGUGGCUCCCUACAACUUCUACGCCUGCAAGGGAAUCCAUGACAUGCUGGACAACGGAGGCCCCAAGAUCCUGCCCGUCGUCCCACAGCUCAUCAUCCCCAUCAGGAACGCCUUGAACACGAGGAACCACGAUGUGAUGUGCACCACCAUGAAAGUCCUGCAGCAUCUGGUGAAGUCGGGGGACCAAGUGGGAGAGGCUCUGGUGCCCUACUUCAGACAAAUCCUCCGCGUUUUCAGCAUGUUCAAGAACAAGAACAGUAAGUUCCAACUCGACUGUGUGUUGUCGGCGCGUCGAGGCUCGCAGCCGUCGAGUGCGUUAUGAAUCAUUUUUUGGUGCCAGCACGGCUACUCCGU